UCAUCGUUGUUCUCUGAGGUACAACGAGGGUACGCAGGACAGAGGGGUGCUUGAGGAUUUCCUACGCAGUUAUGAAUGCGACUAAAGCAUCACUUCCGCUGAAACUUAGUGCAAAAAUACUGGCGUAACAUUUGCGACUAGCAAACUCGUUGCUUUAGGAAUAAUGUCUCGCAUUGGAGGUUUGCCACCAGGAAUUACUGACGAGGUUCCCAACAUCUUCAGUGUCCCCGUUCUCCAGGUGUCCCUACUGAGCAUCUGUAACUGAGAGAGACAGAGAGAGGGGGGGGGCAGAGUCCAUGACAUGAACAACCGGAGACCCAGGAGUCGUGGCAUCGGCAUGCGCAGAGACCCAAGGCGGGCGGGAACCAGCGGCUGCCAACCCCAUAGCAUAGUCAUCAAGAAGAGCCUGAAUACAUGAUAAAAAAUAAAAGCUGAGAAAAGAAAAGAAAAUAGAAAAAGAGAGAACAAGGCACAAGGAUACAGUAGGAGUUGCCAGGUUAGAGCAGGGGGGGUUGAGUGCCCAGUACUUCCAAAAGAUUGAGUGGUCACUGCCUUGACUGCCGGGGGUGUUAUUAUAGUCACACAAGGCUGUGGUGUAGUGAGGUGAGGGGACAGAAGAGAAGAGCAUGGCUAAUAAGGCCACCAAGCACCCCAGCGGUGGUGGAAGUGCCACUGCUGCCCCUGCUGUGGAGGCUCCGGAUGGUGGCUAUGGCUGGGUGGUGGUAGCCUGCUGCUUCCUCACCACCGUCUGCACCCGAGCAAUCACCAGGUGCAUCUCCAUCUUCUUUGUGGAGUUUCAGUACCAGUUUGCCAAAGAUUACUCCACCACUGCUUGGAUCCAUUCCAUCGUCGACUCCAUGACCAUGUUAUGUGCUCCGCUGGGUAGCUUCAUUGGGAACCGCCUGUCCCACCGAGCAGCUGUGAUGCUGGGAGGCUGCCUGUCCUCUACCGGCCUCAUCAUGAGCUCCUUCGCCACCAGCCUCGAAUUCCUCUACCUCAGCCUGGGUAUCGUCACAGGUCUGGGCUUUGCGCUGAGCUACACCCCAGCGGUGGCCAUGGUGGGCAUGUACUUCAGCCGGAGGAAGGCCCUGGCGUACGGCCUGGCCAUGUCGGGCAGCGGCAUCGGCACCUUCAUACUGGCGCCCGUGGUGCAGGAGCUGAUCGAGCUGUACACCUGGCGGGGGGCGCUGCUCAUCCUGGGGGGGCUGGUGUCACACCUGUGCAUCUGCGGAGCCCUGCUGAAACCUGCCGAGGGGCUCGCCGGCGAGCGGACAGGGGAGGGGGUCGAGGAUGACGACGAUGAUGAUGACAUCAAGAAGGAGAAGGGACAGUUGGUGAUCUUAGCUGACGGCAAUCAGGGCGACGUUCCGUUGAAGCACGACGAGUCGUCAGACUUGAAGAAGCAGCUCGCUGAUGAAGAGGCUUUCGGUGAGAUUCUGAAGGGGUGUGGGGCGACGGUAGAGGACGAAGGAGGGGAAGAGGAGUAUGUUGAGAAGCAGAGUGAAUGGAAGUAUGCAGCUGAUGGUGUGGAUGAGGCAGAUGAAAAUGUUGACAAGAGCUGCUAUUUGCCGACGUACGAGGAAACCAUUCAAGGAAGCGACACACAACCAGCAUACAUCUAUCCAGGAAGCGGAGUGCCAUCCGACACAGAGGCUGACACUGCGUACAUGAUUGAUGAGACAUCUGACAGUAUGAGCACUGCGUCAGCCCAUUCUGAGACAAAUCAGGUUGAAGACGAGAAGACCACCUGUACCGAUUCUGAGACGCCGGCCCACGCUGAACACUCCAAACCAGCAGGUCCGACAUCCCAGACAUUACCCUUAUCUACACCAAAGCAAGCCGAUGUUCACCAACCUGACUCAAAAUUACAGGACACUAAGCCUUCAGAGACAAAGCCUCUCGAUGAGGCCUGGGUCCCAGUACCAGUCAGCAAUGAAUGGACUGAAAAGUGUGCCCCCAUAGCCACAGACGGGGGUAAGGGAAGCUGCCUGCGCCGCUGCCUGCCCCCUACGGAGGAGUACGGCUUCCUGCUGAUGACGGACUUCCUGUUGCUCUCAGUGUCCUUCCUGUUCCUGGCCUACGGCUGCAGCGUGCCCUUCGUCUACCUGGUGCCGUACGCGCUGAGCAUGGGAGUAGGCCACCAGCAGGCGGCGCUACUCAUCUCCAUCAUGGGCGUCAUCAGCAUCGUGGGAAACGUCACCUUCGGCUGGAUGACUGAUUUGAACUGCUUGCGUCCGUACCGCAUGGUGAGCUACAUGCUGGCCGUGGGGCUGGAGGGCUUCAGCUGCUUCCUGGUGCCGCUGCUGCACAGCUUCCCGCUGCUGGUGCCCUUCUCGCUGCUCUACGGCUACUUCGACGGGGCCUACGUGGCGCUCAUCCCCGUGGUGACCUCGGACAUCGUGGGGCCCACCUACCUCUCCUCGGCCUUGGGGGUGGUCUACUUCCUGCACGCCAUCCCGUACCUCAUCAGUCCACCAAUCGGAGGUUGGUUGGUGGACCACACUGGAUCUUACAUGGCCGCGUUCAUCCUGAGUGGGUUUUCCAUCAUGACCAGCUCGGUGGUGCUGGGUGCAGUCUGCCUGCUCAGGCACUGCUGCCGGGGGAGCCGCUCCCCCCUCCAGCCUCCGGGCCAAGUGGACUUCCUCAAGCCAACCAAGCCGCAGCAUCCCAGCGCACCCACCAUCAUCUAAUUCAGUGACAGGCAGCGUGGGUUCAUUAGUUUAUAAUCCAGUGCCAUAUAUCCAGUGCCUUAUUUUACCUGCCAGUUCAACUAGGUGAUUACAUGGCUGAAUGAAUGUCAUUUGGAAUAUGUGGCACUGGAUUGUAACUAGCGAAUCCAGGUUGCCCAUCACUGAUGUACCUGUAAUUGCACACAUGAGGAGCUAGAGUGACUUGUAGACAUUUGCUGCCUUCCUUAUGAAAAAGGUGAAAUGCUUCAGUGUCACUUUGUGACCUGGGGUGAAGUUACCACUGAUGCCAGCCACUGACGAUGCCUAACGAAAAACUUUGCCUAAGGGCAACAUUUAAGGUGCCUUCAAAAAGUGUUGGAAAGCAGAGGUGGACAUACCACCCUCAAAAAAUAUAAUUCCUGCCACAUGUUCCAUGCAGAAAAGUCACUGAAGCAGCUGAUUUCAAUUAGCCCACCUCAUGAGUCAAGUACCGGUAGCUAUAAAAUGGCAUAUCAGGAGCUCAUUGUAGCGAAGAGGAGUAGAGUUGCCCUGCUGGGACUCAAACCCGGACCUUCUGGUGUACCAUACUCCGCCAUCCUCUAAUCGCUACACCAAAGGCUAGUUGGCUUGAUAGUCAGAAUGCACCCACAACCCUAGUGAUGGCCAGUCCAUCACACACAUGUGGGCUGGACACCUGGCAGGACCUUUAUUUUCUAUAAGCUGGUUUGUCCCCCUCUGCUGGAAAGUGAUCCAAAAGCAUACCCUGUGCAAAUCCAUUCCCCAAACUCAUGAUGAUUCCAGUCCUCCAGUCUCAUGCCUUAUGCGUCGCUGGGUAAAGACAGUAAUGACCUUUAUUUAACAUUCAAAAUACAUGUGAUAAAUCUGAAAAAAUUGCCCUUAUUUUCUUUGAAACAUACAGCCUACCAGAUAUCCUCACGUGUCAUGAUGCAUCUUUUUUCAA